ACAGGAUGCAAAGGACAUGCAUGGCAAACUCGUAUUCUUAGGUGGAUAUCUUUGCGGCAGUUUACGCGUAUUUCAUUCGCCAUGUUUGCCGCGCGUCCAGAUCCCUAUCAACCUCCUUAUGUGCUGGUUCGCACUCUUAUGAACACGAAAGAUCCUGAUAAGGCAUUUUCAGAGACAUCAACUUACAUCGAGUUCUGGUUUCCUCAGAAGUUUGUUCAACAUGUGGUUUGUGGUUUGUCGGUGGAGCUUGUCAGCGAUGGAAACUCUAACAAUAUCACGUGUAAGACCACCGAGGCCCCUUACUAUGUACUCAGUAGGUUUAAAGAAAAUGGUUAUCGAGUGGUUGGAGUAUCUUCUGUUGGAGAGACCUGUGUUUGGACAUGUGAGUAUGCUCACUGAAUGAGAAGCCGAAUAGUGACGAAAGAUGAAGCUGUGUCAUUGAAGAAUCCGGCAAAGGUUCGCUGGGAUAUUUUCUUACAUGCUACAACGAUGUGUAGUAAAAAAACCAAACAAUAUAUUCCUGUAUUUUAUUAGAUUAUCGAUAUCCUCUCAAUCUGGUUGUACUGAAUGUUCUGCGCUCAUGAACUGUUAGCGAAAUUUGAAUUAAUCUAAAUAUUCAUUGUGUAUUUUCAUUAUUAGUAUGUUAGCUUAAAAAACAUUCCUUGUUGUUCCUCGGCAGUAUAUCUUGGUUUUAUCAACUGAGUUGAUGAUGUAAUUUGGCCACUGUAAAGAGUCUCCAAGGCUGACGUUUCGAUCGUUAGCCCUUCUUCUGAGCGAAUAAAAAAAAACUAUGGGUUGUGUGUGUUUUAUGUAUAUAAAAAUAGAGCUGGAAUCGGUAGGAACAUAGUGACGUCAAAACGCGGC